AUGGGACAAGUCAAUAAUAAUAAGAAUGAAUUAUUCCUGUUGUCUAAACAUAAUGCAAAUGCGUCAUUAUCCGUGCCCAAAAUCGCUUUUGGUGCUUCUGCAAGGACGACAGCCAGUUAUGAGCGGGAUGAGGGUUCUUCCUCACGGCAAAGAUCCUAUGAAGAUAACGAAAAGAAAUUUACAGAAGGUGGUGAUACCUUGUCUCGUCAAGAUACCAUAGACACCGAUCCAAGAUCUUUCGGGCCAAAUCAUUCAAUGACCGAUGAUGAGUAUUUUCCAUCGCUUGAAAAAGUAUUGAUGAACAAGUCCGGCUCCCCAUUAUCACAAUACAAUUUUUAUUCUUAUCUAAGGCAAGAAUGGCAAGGAGAGGAAAACUUGAAUUUUUGGUUGGAUGUUGUGACACACGAAAACUUGUUCGAAUCGUGGCGGGAAUAUCAAAAUCGUAUAAAGAAAGCACGAGAAAGAAAUAGUUACGAUGAAAAAGGUCAUAUAAUUUAUGAGGAGGGAGACGAGUAUGAAGAGCAGGAAGUUGUGGAAGACUGGGAACCAGUUCACAAUUAUCACAAUUCAACAUCUAGUGCUGAGGGUGGCGCGGCUGCCUCGGUCGACUCGAAGAAUCCUGUGAUAUCGCCACAAUCUAGACCAUAUGGUCACGAGAUUACAAUCAAUCCUUCUGUAGACUACAGCAGACCGGAAACAUUUAAACGCAUUAGUGAAGAUGAUUUAAUAAAAUCCGCACAAAGCAUAUAUCAAAAGUAUGGUCACAUGGAUAUCUUGCCUGAAGAAAGUCGGAAUACGAUGUCCGAUCUUAUAGAACGUCAGGGAAGAUACAAUCCUGUGGUAUUUUCUUCGGCCAAGUCUUAUGUAUAUCAUAUUAUGAAUGUAAUCUAUUUCCCAAAGUUUAUUCAAUCGGCCGUCGACAUGAACCUUACUCAAAUUCAUGCCAUGAUCGCUUUACCCCUGGGUGUUGUAUUUCUCGCUUUCGGUUUUUCUUUGGAACUUUAUGAUAUAUUUAUGGGUUGGGAGAAUCCAUCUUUGGUGUCAGCGAAACAAAACUCUUCCGAUUUCACAAAAUUCGCGAAAGAACAAUUUUACGGGCUCACAGGAAAAGAGCUUUCGCUUUUAUAA